GAGCGGGGGGAGCAUGUUGUCUCUCUCCAGGCCAAAUGGUGAUGCAGAGUGUGUUGGCAAUGUCUGGAUAGUCUCAAUUCUGUAGCUUCAGAGGUAUUUGGGUUCAUAGUUGUUAGUGCUGAGGCUGGCUUUUAAAGAGCUGCCAAAUCAAGCACCUUCUUGUGUUGCUUUAUUUCCCAGGUCAUUAACUGAUAAAAUAAAAGGACAAGAGAAGGGUUCAGCAUCCAGGCUGGUUCUUUUUUUUCUAUAUUUCUUUACUCUAACUUUACAGUUAAAACUUACUAAAGACCAGAUUUUGAAUGUUUCUUUUUAGUAUUGGUCAGUUUUGGGAGAUCAUGCUGUCAUAAUAACAUGCUUUCUCUUGAGAGCCUAUUUGAUGUUUGGCCUUUACAUCUCUUGAUGAUUACUUACAAUAUGUCUUUGGAUAUUUUAUAACAUCCACCUGCACAGAUAUCACCAAAUGUCACUGCAUGCGUCCCUCCUGAUUUCUCAUCCAUGGUAACCUUGGACACCUCCACCGCAGUGUGAGAAUCUGUUUAAAAAUAACCAGGCCCAUUAGUCUAGAAGGAUAAUGCUAGCCUAUGUGGGCUCUCAUGCCCUUGUGGCAGCAGAGUGCUAUCACUGACACAGUGCGUCAGCACUUCUUCCUGUUGCUACAACAUUGAAGGGCUCCUCUUCAUUUACACACAUCCAUGCAUGCAUGCAUCCUCACACACACACAUACACACCACAUACACACAGUCACAUACACACACCUACAAUAGAAAGCGGAAAUUGGGAAAUACACCACGGUCAAGAAAAGAGCCGUUAGCAUGAGCUGUUGAGUGUUGCAUUACAAGAAAACACCACACGGUGAAGAUUAAAAGCAAAAUGAGCCGUAAUUACAAAGUUUAACAUUUUUUGUGCAAACUUUUUGCUUUCUAUUUGAUUGCAGUCACAUUGUGCGACUCCAGGUUCAGUAAUUCACACCUGGUUAAAAAAUGACGUGACGUAAGGUGGGUAACGAUAUGGGUGUUUAUCAUUGAAGGCUAUUGGUAUUGAGCGGUCAGUUGUUUGAAGGUUAUGUUUCGGAGCAGUAAUUGAAAUGCAAAAUAACAUUAAGAUCGAUGCUUAGCUUUGUUUAUUUAUGAAAUCAAUAUUGGAACCGUCCAUCACUGUAGCAGCUCUGAUUCCUACUGACAGCUUCACCAGGUCUUCUAUGCAUGGUCUGCGUGAGCCUUCCACCCAUUACAGCUUUUAGAGGAAUCACGUUUUUUUGUCAUCCCUCUUUGGAGAGCUGUGUUCGAAUGUUUCAGGUUCAUGUGCUGAAACACGCAGAGCACAGCCUUAAAGAAAGCUGUAGGGCUCAGCUUCAUGAACUGCUGAAAUUGUUAAAUUGAAAACAUGCUGCGUGUACAGAGGCUGUCUUACGGGUGUGUCUACGAGAGAGAGAGGGAGAGAGAGAGCACUACUAUUGCUUAUCCCAGAUUUGCCCUGGGCAAUUAGAUGUAACCAAUAAUCACCCACUAACAGAACAGAGUGCAAAACGCCGGUCAAUGUAGGCCUAAUUUCUCUGUGCUUACAUAUUUGGACCUUGCUAUUAGAAAAAUAAAAGCAACUUUUGUUUGAGAUUUUAAUUCAUGUAAAAAAAAAUUUGAAAAGCAGUGCAAAAAUAUUAUUGUUGCAAAAAUAUUUGAAUGUCUUUGUCAACUAAGAGUUAGUGGAAGUGUUAAAUGUAAGAACAACAUUUUUCCACAUUUACUUCUGAGUCUUUGGCGUUGUUUAGACUUCAAUUUUUUUAAAUGUGGAGUAAUUAUAAAUUAUAAAUAAAUUAUACUGUAUAAAUCAGAACAAGCUUCUAAUUUUUGUGCAUGGUUUCCAAAUAACCAAAUUUUUGUCUGCUCUCCAAACUUUCAGUGACACAAAUAUGGAAGCGAAGGGAAAAUUAAAUUGUAACUGAAUCUGAAAAUCGGGCUGUUCACCCUUACUGUCAUCAAGGGCAGUGUUUAUUAGAGGUUAACAUUUUUUACAACUUUUCUUGUCAUAUAAUAAUUAAAUCUGAUAACUGACAGAUUUGUUAGUGUAAAAGUGUGUGUGUGUGUGUGUGUGUGUGUGUGUGUGUGUGUGUGUGUGUGCGUGUGUGUAUUCCUCUGCGUCUGCCUUCAGUUUGUACGACUGUGUGCUUAUAUGAGUAUUUGCCUGUUGGUCACAAAACAUGUGCACAUUAAAACGUCACCUUAAGAGACCGCCCUUGCAUCCUUAAGUACAAUCAAACGUUGACACACUGAGUGGCUGCUUGUCGAAACGUUGAGAGGCCCCCUCUCCCACUACAUCCUGUGACGCGAGACGUUGCCAAAAACCGCGUCGCACGUUUAGAUGUCAACCCCCCCACCUCCCCACCCCUGAAGGAGAUGCAUUAAUUCAGGAAAUAUCCCCAAAGUUUAAUUAUUCCUGAAUGGUGUGGUGGUGGACACAACCAUAUAAAUCAGUUAGGCCCACCCGCCUUUUUAUUACCAGCACUAUUUAUGGAGAAUGUGUGGCAGCUGGUAGAGAUGAGCCUGUAAAAAGCUAGAGGCUAUUGCUGUGACUGUGUCGACUGCUGUGGCGUGUGACAGUCAUAACAAUGGUGUUUCUGAGUAACAGCAAUUCGUUUUGGAGUCAUCUGAAUUGUGUGCCUCGAACAACGCUUUAAACGCGAGGAAUCAAGUUACAUCUUUAACUCACAGGUGUCGUAUCGCGCGCCGCGCUGUGAUUGCUCGCUGACCGUGAGCCUCUGCAAACGCCGUCACGUCUGAAACACCUGAUAAACCUCAGAUUUUUGACCUGUUAAUUUUGCUCUAGCAUUUGUGUACGUACGCGCGCGCGCGUGUGUGUGUGUGUGUGUGUGUGUGUCUGUUUAUAUUUGUGUCCUCUUCUGGUAAAGGGGAUAAUUUGUGGUGGAGGCAGGAUUGGCUCUUUGUUUUAGGCAGGUAGAGUUUCCUCCUAAACAAGGACGGCCUAUCAGAAGAAGAUUAAUGAAGUAAUUUCAUGCAUGGCUCUAUGCCUCCGUCCCCCUCUACGCACAGUGACUGUGUCUAAACCUGUGAUUUACAUUGCACUGUGUUAAAUAGCCUUAACCCUUUAUAAAAAUAUUUCUUUCUGUUUGCGACACACACACACACUUAGACACACAAACAAUAAAAAAAAUCAUCCAGCACAGCUUGCAACUUUCUGUGAAAAUUAGCCUUGUGGAUCUGUUUUCUCUCUUGGUUUGCUCCACAAAUAUCUCUGAAUGCUCUCUGAACUGCAAUGCAUGACUUUCAGUUAUGCGCAAACUUUUUUCUUUUCUUCAUUAUUCAAAUUUUAUAAUCCCACCUCCCUCCUCAUGGAGCGUGCUGUGGUUGAUAUCUGUUGGCUUUUUACUGGAUUUGUAGCAGUUAAGCAAAACUUUAGCAUGUGGCUUUUAUUGUGCAAAACUGAACAUGUAUAUGAAAGCUGUUUUUUUUUUUUUUUUAAGAAAAAGUGUUAAAGUUCAGAUUGUAUUGAAUCACACUGUUCAUGUGGAUUUGCAUAGUAUAUCACUAUAAUGCAUUCCUGAGAAUAUUACAUUAUCUUUACAAUUUUAGAAAAAACUACUCAUUGUUAGUGCAUUUAUUUGCACCUUGCUGUUAUAUGAGUUUUACAGCCAAAUUUAAUUAAGCAGUUUUAAUAAAUGUUCACAUCUGUCAUUUUUAAAACUGCCAUAACAUGACAAAGAAACAGUUUAGAGUUAAACCGUCUGUAGUAAAGGGGAGAAACCUCCAUGUCUCAGUAUCACAGGAGAACGUACUGUGAUAUUGUUGCCUGUGUAUCAGUAACAUAUCACACAACACAGGGUUGUGUCCGAUGUCAUCACCUAACUCCAAGUUUUCUAGGCCCCAAGGCUAAUUUUUUUUUUUUUUUGCCAUGCACCAUAAUUACUUUUUGUAGUUAUCAAGAGCCAUUGUAAAUUCAUGUUGCUAAAUUAUACCAUGACUGUGCCACAUAAUGGAUGUAAUGAAAAGUAAUCUUUGGUAAUGAAAAAGCAGAAUUAGAAAUUUGAUCCCAAAUGCACGGCAGGCCGAAAUUAUCCCUGAACUUCCUUUUUUACAUACAGCGUGAUGAGCUGUCCAACUCUGCAGAGAGCCUUUCCCACUGGUUCUGCAUAGAAGAUUGCUAACUCCUUGCUCUCCGUCAUAAGAAGUUUAGACGGCGGUUAUUUCCCCCCUCCCGACCCCCCACCCCCACUUCCACUGACAGAAGCUCUGUCAUUAGCCGGUUGCUUCCCUCAACAUCCUGAACUCAGCCCCUUAUAAGAACAAGAUCUGCCCAGAGCGGCCCAGACAGUUUACGUCAGACAAACAGCAGCGCCUGUGUCACGAGAGGCCCUCUCUCUUCUGCCAGCAGCGUCUCUAGAACAGGAAGGAGCGGGAGGGGCGAUCAAUAGAUGUGAUCUGCUUCUUGGUCGACUCUAUCUUGUGGUGCUGCUGGAGCGUGGGGCUCAUGUUGUCGUAGUGGAGUGAGCUCAUGGCUUUAUAAAGACUACAGUAACAUCGCUGUGAAGCAGCUAAAUAUAAUCCUCUGCUAGAGCACCACGGAGCAGCAGCAGCGCGGUCCCUGAGAAGUGGUAACCCUGCCCUGGCCCCUGUAGCCUCCCAACUAUCGAUCUGGGACCCUCACUCCCCAUCACAACAGUAAACACUCUCUUCUCUGUAUCUUCUAAUGUAGCCCCUCACUUACUCUCUCUUUUCCUGUUUUUUCCCUCCGCUUUCCUUUUGUUUGCCUCCAUAGAUCUGCAAAUCAUAAAUCUCUGUCAGCGUCUUCUGAGUGUCUGGCACAUCCGUUAAUAAAGAUGCCCCUCCCCUCUCCUCAGGUCCACCCCCUCCUCUCAGUCCUCUCCCUGUCUCCCUGCUAGAGCAGGACUAAUGAAUGAGAAACUCCAAAAUCAGGGGCCUCUCCCUCAUAGAUUAGAAUGGGUCCCUGUGGAGUGCCGGUCUUGCCUCCAACCAAACCACCGCCGUCAGCCACACGACACACCACCAACCCCCCAAAUUUCCAUCUUUCAUAUUCUGUCUGCAGUGCAAAUACACACUCGCAUAUGAGCGCAUAAACCAAUCUAACAGACACAGACACUUAUGCACAUUGCCCCAAGAGUCUUUUGGCCCUUAUUCCCCUGGUGGUCAUUAACCUGGAGCCAGUUAGACAGAGAGAGGCACACUACAUAUUUCAGCUAAGUGUGUUUUGGAAUCUCCAUUCCCUUCCUUUCUCCCAGGGGCCAAACCAACCCCUCCUUGAGCCUCGGUCCUUUUUCAUUUACAUUUUCCCCCGUGUGAAUGCGCGGUGAGCACCCUUGGUGGCAUUCAAGCCUCCGUGCGUGUUUCUGUGACUUUUGUGGGGCCGUGUAGAUUUUGACCAUGAUUUUCGCUUUUACAAAAAAAAUGAGUCCCUGGCUCUAUGUGUGUGUUGGAGCGGUAAAAGGUGGCAGUGGCCCCUGGAGGAGAGGUCAGUGUGGCAGCUGCCAGCGGGUUCUUGGCUGUGGUGAGGAGGCUGCGCUGGGCUGCGAGGGGGUCUGUCAGGAGCUAAUUGAGUUCGUCCUACCACCGCUGACUCUGGGGCCAGUGGCUUAUCAGGCCACAUCGCCUGAGGCUCACGAGACAGAUCUGCCCCUACUGGGGCAUCUGAUAUCACCAUCGCCCUGCCUUGAGAUGUCAACCCCCACCGCCAGCCCGUUCUUCCCCUUCGCUUGUGCAGUCUGAUCAGGUAGCAGGGGUGUGACACUCUAAGAUGAGGUGAGCAAAUGUUAUAAAAAUUGUGUUUUUUGGCAUCUGGCGGCCUUGAGAGUGAAAAGGACAUGAGGAAUUUACUCGCUGCUUGAGUUGAGUCUCUAGCGCAGGCUUGUACUCUGUGCUUGGGAUUUUUACAUGAAACAGGGAGAGCAUGGCAGUCACACAGAGAAAAAUGGAAGAUGUCACUAUCCUCCUGAAGAGAGCUGCUAGCUCUCAGCAGGCAUACUUACAAAUUGGCUCAAUUAGAUCCUGAAUGUUCUCCGUUCUCAUAACAGUGUCAUCCAAUGUUCAGAAUUUUGCUCGCAGGCAAAGGGAAAGAGUCGAGAUGUUAGGAAAGAGCGCUCCGUGGCUCUCCUCUCGGAAAUCGCGGAACGGUGAGUGUGAUACGAGCUGCCACAUCAUUAGGCCGGCUAAUCCCGGUCACAGCAGCACUGGUGGAAUGAUAUUAGGGAUCUGAAAUGCCGUUAGGAGGGCCAGGUGGAAUCAGAUUAAAACCAAACUGCGCAGUGUGCGUUUGCGGGCCCAUAACCUACUACUCAGCAUGAAUUUUGAUCGGUACAAAGGGAACAAAAGGAGGAGGAACAGAGGGAGAAAAUGGGAGAGGGGGAGAUACUGUGUCUUAGAUGAGUGCUGCUCCUUUAGGCAGCCAGGCAGCAGAUUUUGAAAAAAAAAGAGAGAGAAAAAAGCUCUUACCUUGAGGAAGGAAGAAAGAACUAUAGAUUUUACAGCAUCAAGUCUCAGUUCAGCACACCCUUUCCUGUCUGCUCUGUCUGUGGCACACAAGCUAAUUAGCACCUGCCCCACAUAUUGAAUUAUUUAUCGGGACUAUUGCUGCUGUCAAACAAUUUAAGGUUCAUAAUUCAUUUUCUCAUACAGUUGUAUUUAUAGAUUUAAAUUGGCCCUGUCCCACUAGAGAUUACCAAUAUUUAUAGAAAUAUUUUCGACUGUUUGAUUAAUACGCCAGGUUCCCAUGGUUAGUAUUCCCUCAGUAUCAUUAAUCAAUAUAUGCAGGCUUGUUAAAAACAUAAGCAUAGCAGUGAUAUAAUGUGUCAUAGCGGCGUGAGUUAAGGGGAUUCUAGCCAGCACAUUCAUUAUAAAUGACCACAUUGAGCUGGAGGGGAAACAGUUAAGACACUUAUGCAAUUAUGCUAAGUGUCACCCUCGAGGUGGCCUUUGAACUUGGGUUAAGCUUACUCUGAAUUUCUGAAAUAAAAGCUAAAUGGAGCCAUCUUGUGCUCCUAUGUUUUAAUAUAUAGCCUUUAAUAAGCCAAGUGCAGGUGCCCUGUCGCGCAGGUGCACAUAUCCAUCCUGAAACGGAGAACAUAAAGCAGAUGAACACAGAGCGUGCAUUAAUUUAUGGGUAUGUAAUCUGCAUUCGUUAUUAAGAGCAGCGAGAUCUAUUUUAGAAAGGCAUGAAAAUGAUUCACUUUUUUUUCCUGCAAACCAUUUAAGAGUAGAGGUAGGUAAUUUUUUUUAAAACGGUAAUUCUUAACAACCACCCAUUAUACAGUUAUUGCAUGAAUUGGUUAAAUUGAGAGUAAGUGAAAGAAAGAGGAAAUACAGCAUGUAUUGGAUUGCUUUUUGCGAAGCAGGAUGGCAGCUGUGUGUCAGUUUUAUAUUUUGAGAGGUUUUAUAUCACAAGAAGUAUUCCAGGAGAGCUCGGGCAAAGAGCUUAUUCCACAAGGUCAACGGUUUUAACAGGGGACGUUUUUUUUAUUUUUAUUAUUUAUUUUAGCAGUUAACCUUUUUGUGAAUUUCCAGAAGUGCUAGGCACCUGGAGCUCCAAUGAAUAUACAUGACAGCAGGGAGGGGAAACCCGGGAAUGAGAUUUAAUUUGACACGCUGACCCCCAUCUCCACGGGCCCUGGAAUCCAGGGUGAGAAAAUAAGGUUGACCCACUGACCCCUGGGCCUGAACCCCUCCGUCACCCAUCUUCACAAUUAAAUCAGCCUCAGAGAGCGAGAAGCAGUGUGGCCAACCAACGGCGGACACCACAGCAUACGCUUCCUGUUUCCUCUGAAGUGCUCUGAGAGCAGUCCAGUCCGAAAGAUUAGAGCCCAAGUGGGAAACAGCAUCUUCUCCCCACGUUCAUGGUAAACCUGACAUGUCAAAUAUGUAAACAUUACCGUUAGUUGGCAAUAUGCUAAUGAAACUAAUGUCUUAAAGCACAACUUGGGCUUUCUAGCUGCCACUCACGAGAAACCCUUGAAACUGAAUUUGCAUAAGCCACAAGGCUCAAUUUUGUUAAUGUAGGCAAGUGCAGGUAACCUUUCACCCCUUCAGUGGUACCCUCAUGCAUAGGGGUGUGUGCGUAUGUUAGUGUGUGACCUCGCCUUGACCCCAAGAGGUUACUGUGUCUACAUGGCAUCCCCAGCAGAUUGAGUUAUUCAUCUCCUCCACCACUUCACCUCUUCAAUACACUCUAUUUGCAGAUGGAAAAACGAGUUGAGUGUGUCCAGGCUAAGUUUUUUUUUCCCCCCUCUUCGUUGUUCUCUUAGUGCAAUUUCAAGUUAAAGGUUAUAGUGCAGAGCUGAAGUAGAUUUAUAUGGGCAGAGAGGAUUUUGUGGCCGCAGUCAAAAGACUGCACUUUAGUCUGCACACGUUACAGCAUCAGAUUGCAUGUACUCCAAAAUACAGUUAUUAGGCAGACAGUGAAAAAGUCAAUAUCUUCCCAUCAUGUUUCCUUUUGGUUGACUGCUGACUCAAGGAGACAAGCCAAGGUCCACUGUGCUCUGUAAACUACGGAGAUGCCCCCAUCUUUGAUGUGUGUGCACGCUCUGUGUGUGUGUUAAGUCUUCCGAGUGCCCUUUCUCUCCCUCUCUUAUUCUCUUUCACCUACCUUUUUCUUUCACUGGGUUUGUGUGGCGUACGGACUUGUGCCGCCGUGUUUGGUGUGUAUUUGUGCUCUGAAGCGCUUUCGCAGCUGCUGUAAUGUGUGGCUAAUGAAGCACUUCCCUUCCCCCGGUUGACUGGUGUAAAGGGAUUGUUAGGACACAGUGGUGCAGACAGACAGUUGGAAAGAUUAAAAAAAAAACAGACAUGAGUACAUAUUUAAAUUUCAAUUUUAAACCUAAGGCUGCAACCACACAAAACUUAUCAUCUGUCCUCUUCUCAGUUUCCUCUCCUUUGUGAAAAGAAAAUCAAACACGUGUUUUUCCAUUGUGAAACCUUUGAAAGCUGCUGAAUAGAAUGGCCGCUGAUGACCGGCAUCUACCCUCCAGCUGUGGGUCCUACAUCAAGACGGAGCCAUCCAGUCCUUCCUCGGUCAUCGACACGGUCAGCCACCACAGCCCCAGCGGCAACUCGGACGCCAGCGGCGGCUAUGUCAGCGCCAUGAACAGCCACUCGAACGGCCUGGACUCUCCUCCUAUGUUCACCCCCAGCGGGCUUGGGGCUGGCACCUGCCGCAAGCGCUAUGACGACUGCUCCAGCACCAUCAUGGAGGACUCGUCCAUAAAGUGCGAAUACAUGUUGAACUCCCUCCCCAAGAGGCUGUGCCUGGUCUGUGGAGAUAUAGCCUCGGGGUAUCACUAUGGGGUAGCCUCUUGUGAGGCCUGCAAAGCCUUUUUUAAAAGGACAAUACAAGGUAACAUAGAAUACAGCUGUCCUGCCACAAAUGAAUGUGAGAUCACAAAACGGAGACGCAAAUCAUGUCAGGCUUGUCGCUUCAUGAAAUGCCUCAAAGUGGGGAUGCUCAAAGAAGGUAAGAAGAGGGUUCGUCUGGACCGUGUGCGAGGGGGCAGACAGAAGUACAAGCGGAGGUUGGACACAGAAAACAAUCCGUACCUGGGCCUGACGCUCCCUCCUCCCACCAAAAAGCCUCUCACAAAGAUAGUGUCUCACCUGUUGGUGGCAGAGCCAGAGAAGAUCUAUGCCAUGCCUGACCCCACCAUGCCGGAGAGUGACAUCAAGGCUCUGACCACGCUCUGUGACCUGGCUGACCGCGAGCUGGUGGUCAUAAUCGGCUGGGCUAAACACAUCCCAGGCUUUUCCACUCUCUCUCUGGGAGACCAGAUGAGUCUGCUGCAGAGCGCCUGGAUGGAGAUCCUGAUCCUCAGCAUCGUGUUCCGCUCGUUGCCGUACGAAGACGAGCUGGUGUACGCCGAGGACUACAUCAUGGAUGAGGAGCACUCGCGGUUGACGGGCCUGCUCGACCUCUACGUGUCCAUCCUGCAGCUGGUCCGCAAAUACAAGAAGCUCAAAGUGGAGAAGGAGGAGUUUGUAACCCUCAAAGCCAUUGCUCUCGCCAACUCAGACUCCAUGCACAUAGAGGACAUGGAGGCAGUCCAGAAGCUUCAGGACGCGCUCCACGAGGCCCUGCAGGACUACGAGAGCAGCCAGCAUCAGGAGGACCCACGACGGGCUGGCAAACUGCUCAUGACCCUGCCCCUGCUGAGGCAGACGGCCACAAAGGCUGUGCAGCACUUUUACAGCAUCAAAGUGCAGGGCAAGGUGCCCAUGCACAAACUCUUCCUGGAGAUGCUGGAAGCCAAGGUCUGA